UUCGAUCAAUUAAAAUAUUAUUGUUUUUUUUUCACUUUUUAAUAAACAAUUCGAAGAAAUCUCUACGGAUACAAUUUUUAGCCACCUGUAUAUUAAUAAUGGCACUUGUUGAUGUUGACUCUUGGCUCACCGAAUAUGAGUCAUGCUCUCGUUUGAAUCAAACUUUGCUAACUCAAUUAAAUGAACGUGAUGGCAAGCAGACAUCAUCAGUGGAUUAUAAUCGCUUAACAUCCUCCAUACAAUUGGGUAUACGACAGUUUGAUAGGGAAUUGCAAGAAUUGAAAUAUAAGCUGAGUGAAGCUGCUAAAACCAAGGCAGUGACAUUUGAGGAAAUUGAGAGGCGCCAAACACUAUGGGAUUCCUUGCAAUCGCAAAGACAACUUUUGAAAAAGAGAUACCUUAGUGCCACACGUAGUGAUCGCUCGGCAUUGCUUGAAACUUCAGCGGCUUCCAGUAUUUGGUCUUCGCCCAAUCGUGCAGGCCCAUCUGCAGAUAGUGGAAAUGAAAGUGAUACUGCUGCCAUUAUCGAUGUGCAACGUUUAAAGCAGACCCAAAUUGAUAUGCUCGAACAGCAAAAUCGAGGUCUUGAAACCUUGUCACAAACCAUAUCACGGCAAAGGGCCUUGGCCACACAAAUAGGCCAAGAGUUUGAAGAACAAAAUGACAUUCUCGACAAUCUUGCAAAUACUGCCGAGAGAGUAGAAAGAGGCGUAAGCCGGGAAACGCAAGGCAUAACCGCAAUUAAUCGCAAUGAAAGCUCAACUUGGGGUUAUUGGAUUGUCAUCAUUGUUUUAUUUAUAGCCAUAAUUAUUGUCGGUGUGUUAUAAAUGUGUGACAGACAAUUAGAGUUAGGUUUUAAGUUUCAAACAUGUUUGUAUAUUGUACACAUUUUAUUAGCUAAGUCUCUUUUGGUACCACAAUUUUGUAUAAAAGUACGAUUCUAGGUAUUUAUGCAGUUCACACGAACUUUUGGUUAGCCGCCAAAAGUAAGCAGACUUAUUGGUGUCCUAUUAUUAACAUUUAUAUAACAUUUCCAAAGAUGAAUUUUUAAUAUAAUUGUUUAUUAACAUUUAUACACAUGCAUACAAUUAUUAUUAUUAAGUAAAUAUCGAACAAUUGUAAAUUCAAGAUAAGUCACUUUGGUUUUUUUAGGAGGAUAUACUAAAGAAGUUAAAAACACUCAGUGGCACAGAAAAAAUUUUUCAGUUUUGGUUAUCCCCCUCACCGCGUGAAAAGAAAGUCCUACAUCAUUGAGCUUAAACUUGAAUUUAACAGCAUUCAUAGAUACACAAGAAGUCUUCACCUGCACAGUGGAAGAGAAUUAAAAAAAAAAGAAUUAAAAAAUCUGCCAUUUGAGGGAUAACUUUUUAUAUCCGCCACCAUAGGAUGGGGGUAUACUAAUCUACUCAUUCCGUUUGUAGCACCUCGAAAUAUUCGCCUAAGACCCCAUAAAGUAUAUAUGUAUAUUCUUGAUCGUCUCGUCGUUCUGUAUCGAUCUAGCCAUGUCCGUCCGUCCGUCCGUCUGUCGAAAUCACGAUAGAGGUCGUAUGCGUAAAGCUAGCCGCUAGAAAUUUUGCACAAAUGCUUUAUAUCGAUGUAGAUCGUUGGGGAUUGCAAAUGGGCCAUAUCGGUUCAGAUUUAGAUAUAGCUCCCAUAUAAACCGAUCUUCAGGUUUCACUUCUUGAGCCCCUGGAAGCCGCAAUUUUUGUCCGAUUUGGUUGAAAUUUUGCAUGUAGUGUUCUGCUAUUACUUCCAACAAUUGUGUCAACUACGGCCCAAAUUGGUCUAUAACCUGUUAUAGCCCCCAUAUAAACCGAUCUCCCGAUUUGACUUCUUAAGCUUUUACAAGCCGCUAUUUGUGUCCGAUUUGGCUGCAAUUUUGCAUUGAGUGUUUUGUUAUGACUUCCCACAAAUGUGCUAAGUACGGUUCAAAUCGGUUUAUAACCUGAUGUAGCUCCCAUAUAAACUGAUCGCUUAAUUUGAUUUCUUAAGUCCUUACAACCCGCAAUUUUUGUUCGAUUUGGCUGAAAUUUUGCAUGUAGUGUUUUGUUAUAACUUCCAAUAACUAAGUAAGCUAAGUCCAAUAGUCAAGUACGGUCAAAAUCGGUCAAUAACCUGAUAUAGAGAGAGAGAGAUUGAUUUAUAUGGGAGCUGUAUCAGGCUAUAGACCGAUCCAGACCAUAAUAAACACGUAUGUUGAUGGUCAUGAGAGGAUCCGUCGUAUAAAAUUUCAGGCAAUUCGGAUAAUAAUUGCGACCUCUAGAGCUCAAGAAGUCAAGAUCCCAGAUGGGUUUAUAUGGAAGCUAUAGCAGGUUAUGAACCGAUUUGAACCUUAUUCGGCACAGUUGUUGAAAGUCAUAAUAAAAUGAUGGUCAUGAGAGGAUCCGUCGUAUAAAAUUUCAGGCAAUUCGGAUAAUAAUUGCGACCUCUAGAAGCUCAAGAAGUCAAGACCCCAGAUCGGUUUAUAUGACAGCUAUAUCAGAUUAUGGACCGAUUUGAACCAUACUUGGCACAGUUGUUGGACAUCAUAACAAAAUACUUCGUGCAAAAAUGCAUUCCAAUCGGAUAAGAAUUGCGCACUCUAGAGGCUCAAGAAGUCAAGACCAAAGAUCGGUUUAUAUGGCAGCUAUAUCCAGUUAUGGACCGAUUUGGCACAGUUGUUGGAUGUCAUAGUGUAACACCUCGUGCAAAAUUUCAUUCCAAUCGGAUAAGAAUUGCGCCCUCUAAAGGCUCAAGAAGUCAAGACCCAAGAUCGGUUUAUAUGGCAGCUAUAUCAAAACAUGGACCGAUAUGGAUCAUUUGCAAUCCCAACCGACCUACACUAAUAAGAAGUAUUUUGGCAAAAUUUCAAGCGGCUAGCUUUACUCCUUCGAAAGUUAGCGUGCUUUCGACAGACAGACGGACGGACAUGGCUAAAUCGACAUAAAAUGUCACGACGAUCAAGAAUAUAUAUACUUUAUGGGGUCUCAGACGAAUAUUUCGAGUAGUUACAAACAGAAUGACGAAAUUAGUAUACCCCCAUCCAUUCAAAAUGUUAAAGAGUUAUAUCUAAUCGAGGCGACGAUAGGAAAUCUGGAAGGAAGGAAAGAGGUUUCUGAUCGGAUACCUAGGAUGAAUCUUGAGGUUGAGUGCGAGGCACAGUUUUGGAUUGACGGAACCCUAGUGUUGCCAUCUAAAAGAUCAUGUUACACGGAUAGAUCAAAGCUAGAGGACAGGGUGGGCCUGGGUGUCUUCAUUGAGAACCCAGGGACUGAGAUCUGUUUUAGACUGCCUGACCAUAAUUCGGUCCUGCCCCGGCAUGGGAAAGCUGUAAGCACCCCACAGGCUGAAACAUUAAGUCCCGAUCUGGGUUGUGUUCAUUGCUAUCACGAGAAGCUUAGCUGCGAGCUACCGGGUGCAUCCACAGGUUGCUGAUAGUGGAAUGCUCCAUACGGAGUAGCUGCAACGGCAGUCGCGGACAAUCAGCUGUAUCGAGCGGAGAGUCUCAGUGAGAGGCCGGGCGGCACCGGUUCUUGCACAAAUACUGAGUGCCUAUGAUGGUCGAUUUGACCAGGCGACUUAUUGGUGCCUUAAAAUAACCAGUGGCCAACCUGUUCCCGUAGCGAUCGGAAUUUAAGCCGGAACGAGCAUGCUCACCUCCUACCUCCACACAAAAAUGUGGCUACAACAAUAACAACGGUCCUGCAGGCGGAGAUCCGGGCGAUCACGGAAUGCGUGAGGUGGCAUGGUGCUAACGCGAGGAAGUCGAGUGUGAACACGGACAGUUGGUUGUUAUUGCCAUAAGGGCAACCAGGACAAUUAGGUCACGAACAGUCUUGCAGUUAAGAAGGAGAUUAACGCCUUCUUUGAGGAUCGCAUAAUCCGCAUCGUUUGGGUGCCGAGCCAUAAUGGAGUAAGCGGGAAUGAAUGGCCAGACGAUUUGGCGGUGAAGGCCAGAGAACUGUGGUCAAAAAACUUGGUUAACUCAAAGCCUUUCGGGUCGAGGCAGUCCGAGUUAGGGACGUGGGCGACGAUUGCGCAUGCAACCCUGUGGAGCAGCGAAACGGCCGGUGGGACGGCGAAAAUCCUAUGGGGGGAUCAAGAUCGUGAGAAGACGAGGCUAUUACUGAAAGAAAGUUAGAAGGAGGUCAGUAUAGCAAUUGGUAUCAUAACGGGAUACAUAGGACUACGAGCUCACUUAUGUAAAAUCAGUGCGACAAGUUAUAGCAUGUGUAGGGCAUGCGGUGAAGAUGGUGAGACGUUGGACCAUUUCCUUUGUCAUUGCUCGGCUUUCGCGUCUAGCGGAUACCUGCACUUAGGCGAGGACACAAUACUAGACAUAAACCAACUUAGAGUCGUGGCAUGGAAAACAAUUAAGGAUUUUUAAGGUAGCACGGAAUUUCUAACUUAGAUUUUCUUUUUCGAGGUUACUUUUUAGUACUUAGAGCGCACAACAAACCGAUUACUGGCUUAGGUGAAUGCUUAUAGUGGCAUGGGGCGGAUUAAUAUCCGCACCCUCUUUUCAACCUAACCUAAACUAUGUCUUCCCGUUCUCAAACGGCAAAUUUUUAACUCUUUAUUUUUAAUUCUAUUCCACUGUGCGCAGUUCCUACCGGGCCAAACCAAUUGAAGGAUACCUUAAAGGUGCCGCUUACUUCAAUAGUUGCUGUUGUUGUUUUAGCAGUGUGUUGUACACUGAAGCGGCAGCCCUUGCCGACUUCGUCGGGUCAAUCCGGUACGUGCAACCGAUUGCCAUGGGAUUGAACCCAUGGUAGUAUUUAUCGUUGCACUUACAACUUAUUUAACUACAAAAUGUUUAUUAAUUAAUGGAAAGAGAUUAAAUAAAACUAUUUUUUUAUUCAUUUA